AGGUUUUCGACGCCCAAAUUCAAUCGCGAAUCUUUUUGCAACGACUACACGACUUGACAAUCAGUUUUUUAUCGAACAGAUUUCACUCCAAGGGCAAUAAGUGCAGGGUGUAUCGAAAGGUAAGGUCAACCGAAGAGGAGGUGAAAGAGGAGCGUGAGUAGAACGCAAGAUGUAAAUGAAAUUUUUUCGUAUUUGCUAUGGUUUAGGAAGUACAGCGCUUUACAGGGGUUGAUAAAAAGUGUGGAACCUCUCAAUAUUUCGAAAAGUACGCGUUUUCGAGAAAAAUGUUUUUACACAAAAAUUGUAGGGUUAGUGAAGCAUCACUUCACUUAGUCCCGGAGGAGAGUCCUUGGGAUAAGCUACAAUAGUCCUCUUUGGUUGAUCUUACCUUUCGAUACACCUUGUAUAGAAGAAAGUUUCCUAUUCUGAGGUAAUGGAUUUUCUAUUAAAUUAAUAGGUGUCUUCUGUAUGUUCCGCCGUGAAUUUAUUGCCCUUGGAGCAAAAUUUGUUUAGUGGAAAAUUUAUUGUUAGGUCAUGUCAUUGUUGUAGGAAACAGAUUUGUGAUUGAAUUUGGGUGUUGAAAACUUGCUGUCUCGUAUUAUAAUCCUAUCUCAUAAUAGAGGACUUUUCUCUACAUACAUAUGCACUUAUUCUGUCCAUCACUGUACAGGAUGUAACUAAGUGCUAAACAUUCCUCACGUAUAAAGGAUGAAAAUAUGUUACAUGAACAUAGAGAUGCUUCCUUCCUCAUUUUGGAAAAAAUAUCGAAUUAUCAAUUUGCAACGCCAUUUAUUGUCAACUGCUUGUGAUGCUUGCACUUCCUGAUGAUCCUGAAUCGUUUGAAUACAUUAUGGGCACAUUUAUGAACAUACAAUAGUUAAAACUACCUGUUCAGUGAUAUGCGUUCAGUGAUACAGCAAUGAAAUUUAUCGAGUAACAGACUAGAGUCUAACAUGGAGGACGUUCCAGUGCCCUCAGAGAAUACAUUUGAUGUGACAUUACCAGCGACACAUUCUUAUUUAGGGCAGAAUUUGGAGGAAGUAAGGGGACGGACUAUAUUGGACGAUGGCAUUUAUAUGAAUCUACCGUUAGUAGUAAAGCAGUCUGUAUUAUUCCCUGGACAAACGUUACCUAUGACAGUCUUUGGUACACAAACUAUAGAGAUGUUACAAGCGUGCAUACAAAACGAUCGUACUUUUGGUGUCGUAUGUUACGGUUAUCCUGACAUGGAGCGAAUAGGAACGACCGCAGAAAUUUACGAGUACACGGACGGAGGUGUAUUGCUUGAUCACGGACGGCGAGAGUUUCGCCUGAAGGCUAAAGGCAGGCAACGCUUUAAGAUAUUACGUAUUGUAACACAGGAUAAUAACAAAAUUUCGGCAAAUGUUAAAGUAUUACCAGAGAUAACACUUGAGCCACCAUUUUUGGACCAACGUUUAGCCUCAUUAGAUCACUUGAGAAUCUCUGUCGAUUCUGAGGAAGAUAUGAAAAAGCAAGAAAGAGUAGAAAAUUUUGAUGCUGCAGUAACUGCUUGGCCAGCUUGGGUCUAUAGACAGUACGACCCUAUAAGACUCUCCUUUAGAAUACGUCAGCACUUGCAAUUUCUUGAGACUAGAGGUGGUAGUGUACCUAAAGAUCCCGUAGAUCUGUCCUUCUGGGUUGCACAAAAUAUCCUAAUGGAUCACAAUGAAAGACUCAUGUUAUUAACUUAUGAUUGUGCUAUUUCCCGAUUGCAAAGAGAAAUGAAAUAUCUCGUAGAAGAUAAGAUAUAUGUAUGUGUUAAUUGCGAAUCCUUCAUUGGGAGACAAUCACAUAUGUUCCCGAUGAAUAAAGAAGGCCCACAGGGUACUUAUGUCAAUCCUGGCGGUGUUAUACAUGAAACUAUAACUUUUUAUCAUGUUCAAGGUGUUGUACUUAACAAUUCAGAUCCUUCAAUUGAGUACAGCUGGUUUCCAGGAUAUGCUUGGACAAUAGCUAUCUGUAAAGGCUGUCGUCAUCAUGUUGGCUGGAAAUUCACAGCGGUGGGAAGUGAUUUAAGACCCAAGGAGUUUUGGGGUCUAACGCGCAGAAGUUUGAAAAAUAAAGACUUAAAAGUUAAGAAGAAGAAAUAAAAAGAGGAUCAAAACAGUAAUGUACAUUAUGCAUCAUAAAUGUCUCAAUAAUCGUUAGGUGAAUAUUUUUUGAAGCAGUAUAAGUCAUGUUUAUAUAUUACGAUCAGUACAUUAUUUUGAAAAUGGGGAGAGGCAAUCAAUAGUUUUAGUCCAGUUAAAAUACAAUGUUUUAUUACGUCAUUGUGUUCAGAAAAAUAUACUGAGCAACAUAUCCAAAUUCCGCCAUCCCUAAGUAUGUUUUUUUACUAACAAUUUAUAAACAAUAUCGUUUUUCUCCACAAAUACGAUGAAUUUCGAAAUUAGUGUAGAGAUCAAAGUUGUAGAGCAGACAAAUAUCUACAAAAAAUGUUCUUAUGAAUUGUUUGAAAUAUCUCAUAUUAUUUGAGAUAUUUGCAACAAGAGUUACUAGGCUACGCGCGGAGCGGUUGUCUAAUCGUAUUUUGACUGGACUAUUUGUACACGAAAGAAUUAUAUUUUAUAAACGCCAUAUAAGGAUUUCCCUGAAUAAAAAUUUCUUAAAGUACGAAAUGUAAUAUAAAGUUAUAGCCAUUGUUCAUGUGUUCAGAUUCAGCUUUUAAAUUCUUAACACAUCGUAAUCGAACAACUCGUUUUAAUUCUCAGUCUAUUUUAAUGGCAUAUUUGUAGAUUAAAAUGUUUAAAUCGUAUGUAUAUUUCUAUUUUGUUUAUACAUGGUCAAGUAAUAAUUGUAAGGUGAUAAAAGAGCAAAAGAGUAUCGUAAUACCAUACAAAUAGGAAGAUUAAAAGUGCUACGAAUAUAAAGGUGAUAGGAAAUGUAAUUUUUAAAAAUUAUGCAUAAUGAUAUACAAGUAUUUAAAUGUAACCUGCUUUUUUAGAAUUCUUAAGUUUCUAUUUCAUAUAUUAAUAAAAAGAACAUUUAUGGUGCUUAAUGUAUAAAUUAUAUAUGAGUUUUGUUUUGUUUGUAAUUUAACUAGCUAUGCUUGGACAAUAGUGAUUUAUAAAAGAUACUUUGUAUAUGGGAAAAAUAGUUAUAGUAAUAAAAGUUAUAAGUUAUAUUAGAAAGAAUUUGAAAUAAUUUCUAUAGAUGCUACUGCAAAUUGAUCAGUUAUUUCUCCUAUUAAUUAAACUUUGUAAGAUCUUUUCCUUUUUAUUAUUAUAAAUUAUUGUAAAAUAUUGUAAAACUUAUGUUAAGAAAUAUAUUGUGCUUUUGUAUAAUCUUACUCACUU